CUAAUAAAUAUUGUCAACGAAAAUGGAAAAAUACUUAUUACGAUGGUUGCCAAGUUACAUUUCAUUAACAUUUAUUUCAAUAAUUUUAUUUGUCUACACCCAUUCUUGCGAAGUGUUGGAUUCACAAGCUUGUUUAAAAAUGACUACAGCUACAAUACAAACUGCAAAUUUGAAACAAAAUGUUUCUGGAAAAUUACUUGCAGUUGAUUUCGAAGUCUUUGGUAAAGUACAAGGUGUUUUUUUCAGAAAAUUUACGCAAAAACAAGCUAACGAACUAGGAGUAAACGGUUGGAUUAUGAAUACAGAAAUUGGUUCGGUAAAAGGUCAAUUAGAAGGUGCUCCAGAAAAAAUCGAAGAAAUGAAAAAAUGGUUACAAAAUACUGGAAGUCCCAUGUCUAAAAUUCAGCGAGCAGAGUUUGAGAAUGAAAGAACAGUUCUGGUUCCAAUCUUCAAGGAUUUUAAAAUACGUCGUUAGUGUAAUGUUUUACAAAUAUUUCAUGAAAUUUUUCUAGAACGUAUUUCAUAUUAAAAUCUUUUCAGAGAAUGAAGAAGGAUUAAAAAUGAUGUUUUAAUCAUUGUUAAAUUGUAUAUGAAGUCAUUAAAUGAAAAUAUUAAAAUAUUCAAAGAUAGUU